AUGUUCCCGCAAAAGGACACCCAUAAAUAUACUUGGGUAAGAUCCAAAGGAGCGAAAAAUAAAGUUGAUGCUAGCGGCUUCAGUGGACCAGACUGCGAUUCGGGCUACAUACAGGUCAGGGACAGAAGAGAACCCACAAACUCUGAGAUUUUUCUGAGAAUAGGAGAGAAGCGGUUAGCCUUUGUCCUGUCAUUCUUCGAAAUGCACCCAUCCUAA